CAACUUGGCCCCGUGCCUGAUAUGCAGCUGAACGCAUAGGUCAAGAUGACAGGGGGCAACGGGCAUGUAGCGCGUCUUAGCUACGGGUCCUUCCUGAUGGUCGUGGUUCAUCAGCUGUGGCCAGCCUAGGCGUUGCGAUUACGCUUUUCAGCCCACUGUCCCUCAUUCCUUCUAUGCCUCACUUACUCCUCCUGUCCACAUGCGACACCAAGGCUGAAAGACUACGCCUUAUCUUCUGCCAGCCUGGAGGCCUCCAACUCUCGUCUCCAUACUUCGCUCCCAACCGACUCUGGAUCCACAACUCACCAUAAGUCGUCCAAUUCACAGUAUACCACCCAUCAUGGGCAGGGUAGAACUCACAUCGCGAGAGAACCUAGAGCACAUUCGAAGCUCUGCUUUCGAGUCUGAACACGCCUGGCUAUACGAUGCGUCCUACCGGCAACAUGAGGCAGCAGCAUUAUACUUGGAGCUAGCGAUGGAGCAAUGGCAUGCGAGCAUCUCGCCAGAUGAGAACUCAGACGAGCAGAUACGGAUCAUCAAGACGCAAAUCACUAUCCAUAGAGAGAGGCAGAAGGCAUUACGACCACACCUCGAGAGUGGGAGCGACCAGAUAGACGAGGAGGGAAACGAAUGUGUGUUUGUACCAGCACCAAAUCAGUGGGGAGCAAAUGGAGACCUAGACGAGGAGAGUGAGAGUCUCUCGGCAAUCCAAAACCUACUCACUUGGCAAACAUCAUACUCUCCCGUCUCUUAUACCCCUCUAUACGAUCUGGACGAGCUUCCCUCACCCGAUAUACCUUAUCAUUCGCUGCUCGACCCCUCACAAGCCACAACAACGUACCAUCUUCACCGCACACGCGAAUGGACUGGCUCUUCCGGCUUUCGAAAAUACAUCUACACAGCGCGCGAGCACUCGGACAAGUACGCUUUAUACAUGCUCGAAACAUCACAUAGAGGAGAUAGCCAGGUCAACGCCGCAGACUUCUUCCGCGUCGCAGAAUACCCGCAAAUGUGCAUCUCCAUUCUUCUCUCUGGCAUCGACAAAAAACGCAUUUCAAGCGAUUCUUCAAAAGAUGCAGCAUACAAAUCCCGCUGUAUACAUCUACGUGGCCCCUUCUCACAAGCGAUAAAAGAGUACCCGGACCGGCAGCAGAAGAUUCCAUGGUCGCCGCGGCGCUUCACAUAUGGCGGUCGACGAUUUGUAUGGAAGCAGGGGGAUCCGCACGACGACGCUAUGCCCGAGACACUCUAUGAAUACCAAAAAGAUUGGGCGAAGCCGGGAAGCAGGACGGGCAAGCGGUGUGACGAUGCAAAGCCAAUCAAGUUAGUGUGGGGGGAGAAGAAAAAGAAGGGCAAAGUCGACAGCUACACGAUUCAUUUCAGGGGUGGCAUGGAUCAAGUGUUCAGGGAGAUUCUACUAGCGAGUCAGAUGGCGAGGCAGGUGUGUCUAUUUACUGCUAUGGACUGACGGGGUCUGAAAGGUGGAGCAAGAGAUGAACGAGCAGCACUGUAUUUCUAUAACGAAUCUUUAUUUCAGCGAAAGGAGUUGGAACGGAUCGUCGGUCACGACACGGAUACCACAAUCAGGCGUUCAGGGAGUCCGCUUGGAAAUCGAGCUUUUGGUCUACUUUGGGGAUGGAUUCUAGCAGGCUAGGACACCUGACAGAGGCUUUUGUACCCUCAUCACAUCUCCAUUCUGUGGCUCAGCGCCCCAUUCAUUGAUACGUUGAUAUCUACGCAAUCAAUCGAAAAACUCAAGUCUUACCACAU